AUGAUUCCAAAUUAAAAUAUGAUGGACUAUCAUUUAAAUGGUCAAUAACCGCCAUAGAAUCAAUAGUUUUAGUUCAACCCUAUGCAAUAUAAUUAGCCACCACCUCAUAAUUAAUAUUCAAAUUAGCCAUAUUUCCAACAACCUUAAGGAUUUUUACCUGACUAAUAAUCUAUGUAUCAAAAUUAAUAAUAGCAGUAAUUCAUGAUGCAUCCUCCUCCUAAUUUUCCGAUUUUGCAACCCCAAUAGCAACAAUCUGCUUCUGCAUAACAUAAUAUGAUUCUAGAAUAAGUUCUCAGCAAAAAUAAUGAAAAGCUAAAGAAUUCGCAACCAAAAAAUGCAUGCAGCUUUCAUCCAACUGCAAUUUCUAAAUCUUGCAGAACUUGCAGAAAAAUUGCAGCUGAAUAAGAAAGUAAAAGCAAGGAAUAGAAGGACCAAGAAAAAAAGGAUAAAAUGGAUGACGAUUUAGACGCUGAAUUGAUUGAAGUGCUUCCUUCUACUGAAAAAGGAGAAAAUAAUAUUUUUAGUAUUUGGGAAUAUGAUAGCUCUGGUACCUUAAAUCCAAAGCUUAAAACAAAUAUUAUGAAUAGCAGCUAUUUUAAAAUUGAUUUAUUCAGCUUAAAAACUUACCAUGAAGUUAUUGAUGAAAUUUAAAAGCAUGUUAAUCAUGCUGAACCCUAUGCCAUAGGUCCUACUGGUGUGCCUUCAACACUUUUCUGCUGUCUUUAUAAAUUUAUGCUUAUGAAAUUAACAGUAAAAUAGGUAAAGGGUUUAGUAGAGUACAAGCAAAGUCCAAUGGUUCGUGCAAUUGGUUUUUUAUAUAUAAGAUUUUGUUGUGAUCCUAAAUAUAUGUUUGCUUGGUUUAAGAAACACUUACUUGAUGACGAAGAAUUUAAACCUGGUGCUGAUAAAAACUCCCCUAAUAUGACUAUCGGAGAUUAUGUAGAAAAGUUGUUAAGUGAUCAAGAAUAUUAUGGGACAAGACUUCCAAGAAUUCCUAUUAAAAUUGAAACUAAAAUAAAAGCUAAACUAGUCUUGAAUUAAGAGAAAAGAGAUAGAAAAUAAAGUAAUUUAGAAAACAUCUCUAAAUUUUAAAAGGAAACUCCUGUCAUUGCUAUUUCUAGUGUUGAUGGAGAAUGGCAUGAAGGUAUUGUUGAAAAAAUUGAAGGAAAGCUUGUUUAAGUUAGAUUUUUACCAGACAAAAACUUUGAAGGAUGCAAUGAAUUAAUCAAUUUUGGUGAAGUUGAACUUGUUAACUCUGAUGAUGCAAAUGAAGAUAAAAACCAAUCUUAUAAAAGCAAAAGCAGAUCAAGAUCUGUAGAAAAGGAAAAAAGAAGAAAAUCUAGAUCUAGGUCAAAAUCAGGUAAAAGAAAAAGAAGCAGAUCAAAAGAUAAAAAGAAAAAGCAUAGUAGCAGAUCAAGGAGUCAUGAUAAACACAAAAAGCAUAAAAAAAGAUCAAGUAGAAGUAGAUCAAGAGAUCGUGAACGUGAACGUGAUCGUGAUCGUGACCGUAAGCAUAAAAGAUCUAAAUCAAAAGAAGAAAACAAGGCCAAGAGUAAAAUUGAGUCCAUGAAGCAGAGAGAAUAAAGAAUAGAAGAAGAAAUUAGAAGAAGAUAAGCUGACUAAGCUGUUGCAUAUAGUAAAAGUGAUGUUGCAAGAAUACCCUAAAGCUAUAAAACAGCAUUAAGUGGAAAUAUCUCUAAAAUUGCCUAGUCUGGAAGAAGUCCUUCAACCGGUAGAAGAGAAGAAUUUGUUGAAACAGUAAUUCCAAGUGUUGCAGAAAACAGAAACAAAAAAUAAAAUGAAUAAGAAAAGCAACCUACUAAGCAAAAAACAUAAGAAUAAAUUGAAAAAGAGCAAAGAAUGUUACAAAUGUAUGGUGGUGAUGUCCAAACUAAAGGAUCAGCUUACACUUAAAACAGAUAAGCCAGUGAUUAUGCUUGA